GUCAUUUCAGAGUUAAAGAUAGUAGCAGCAAGGCAGAGCAUAUCUGUGCUGGAAUCUUUAUAGAUUUAUAUAUAGCAUCUGAACCCAAUUUCUAAUUUCAGUACUACUUCAUCCAGCUUUCCCGGUGGAUCUGUUUGGUUAGCAUUCGUCUACUGUUAAGCACCAGAACUCAAAAAGUACCUGUCUUUUCAGUUUUGUGGGGCGCCUGGAAAACACAGAUGUCUUCAGAUCUCUGUGGCUGGCAAAAGGAAACAUGGUUCAAAAACAGGGGUACUGACGUGGCCUAAUCUCUUACCAUGGAAUGAAACAUCAACCAUUGUUGCCUUCUAGUUUGCAGCCCUCUGUACUCAUUCUCCAGUGUACUAAUUCCGAAUGAUUGAAGAUUGUGGAAGCCAGGGAAGCACCAUGGCAGAUAGAAGGCAGCUGUUUGCAGAAAUGCGAGCUCAGGAUUUGGAUCGCAUUCGCCUCUCAACCUACAGGACAGCUUGCAAACUUCGAUUUGUUCAGAAGAAAUGUAACUUGCACUUAGUGGAUGUAUGGAACAUUAUAGAAGCCCUGAGAGAAAAUGGGUUGAACAGCGUGGAUCCAAACAUUGAACUGAGUGUUGCUCGUCUGGAGGCCGUCAUAGCAACAGUCUUCUACCAGUUGAAUAAACGGUUGCCAACAACACACCAAAUUAAUGUGGAACAAUCCAUCAGCUUACUACUCAACUUCCUUCUCGCUGCUUAUGAUCCGGAAGGCCAUGGUAAAAUCCCAGUUUUUGCUGUGAAAAUGGCAUUAGCCACUCUCUGCGGAGGAAAAAUCCUAGACAAAUUGAGAUAUAUAUUCUCUCUAAUCUCAGAAACCAGUGGAGUAAUGAUUUAUGGGAAGUUUGAUCAGUUCUUGCGGGAAGUUCUUAAGUUGCCAACUACAGUUUUUGAGGGGCCAUCCUUUGGUUACACCGAGCAGGCUGCCAGAUCGUGUUUCUCCCAACAGAAAACAGUCAUGCUGAAUACUUUCUUGGAUUCUCUAAUGUCUGAUCCACCCCCACAGUGUCUGGUUUGGUUGCCACUACUGCAUCGGCUAGCAAAUGUAGAAAAUGUCUUCCACCCUGUUGAGUGUUCGUACUGCCACAGUGAGAGCAUGAUGGGAUUUCGUUAUCGCUGUCAGCAGUGUCACAAUUACCAGCUCUGUCAGGACUGCUUCUGGAGAGGACUUGCCAGUGGUUCACACAGCAACCAGCACCAGAUGAAAGAGUACACAUCCUGGAAAUCUCCUGCAAAGAAACUAACCAAUGCACUUAGUAAAUCCUUAAGCUGUGCUUCAAGCCGUGAACCUUUACAUCCAAUGUUUCCUGACCAGCCUGAAAAACCUCUCAAUCUCGCACACAUAGUGGACACCUGGCCUCCAAGACCUGUAACCAGCAUGAAUGAUGCAGUGUUCUCCCAUUCUGUUCCCUCCUCAGGAAGUCCUUUCACCAACAAGAGCAUUCUCCCCAAGGUUGCUGCAUUAGAGCAGAGCAAACAGUUGGCCAGGACAGCACCAACUUUGCUACAAGGCAAAGGGUUGCAGUACAGCUUUGAUGUUGCAGAUAGACUGGCUGACGAACAUGUUCUUAUCGGGCUAUAUGUCAACAUGCUUCAGAACAACCCCUCACGUAUGAUAGACAGUCCAAGUCGUCUGGAUGAGGAGCACAGGCUGAUUGCAAGAUAUGCAGCAAGGCUGGCAGCAGAAAAUGCAGCAACACAACAGCAAAGAGGAACUGCUGACAUCUCCUACACCAUUGAUGCAAAUAAACAGCAGAGGCAGCUAAUUGCUGAGUUAGAAAAUAAGAACAGAGAGAUCUUGCAAGAAAUACAAAGGCUGCGUCUUGAGCAUGAGCAGGCAUCCCAGCCCACACCUGAAAAGGCACAACAGAAUCCUACCCUCCUAGCAGAACUUCGGCUCCUCAGGCAGCGCAAGGAUGAAUUGGAACAGAGAAUGUCUGCACUUCAGGAGAGCCGAAGAGAACUUAUGGUGCAACUAGAAGGGCUGAUGAAACUACUGAAGGAGGAAGAACUGAGACAAGCAACUCAAGGGGCAGGUUCCCCUCGAUCUUCCCCCAGUCACACCAUCAGCCGGCCUAUACCCAUGCCUAUCAGGUCUUUGUCUGCUUGUUCAACUCCAGCCCACACCCCUCAGGACUCCCUUACAGGGGUUGGAGGAGAUGUGCAAGAAGCUUUUGCUCAAAGCUCCAAACGAAAUCUACGGAAUGACCUGCUGGUGGCAGCAGACUCCAUCACAAAUACGAUGUCAUCUCUGGUAAAGGAGCUGAAAUCUGAAGAUGACAGUGGAGAUGACGAGAAAGAACAGAAGCUACAGAAUGGACAAGACAGGGAAGCAGGUAGUGAGACGGAAAGCAAUGUAGACUCAGCCCAGUAUGAUGACUUGAUAUCUUCACCAGCUUCUGAAAAGGCUUUUCUUGCACAAAUAAAUGCCAGAAAACCAGGCUAUCUUCACAGUUCAGCAGGCGGAAGCAUCAUUCGCAGCGAUAUCGGUACUGAGGAUGGCCUGUCCUAUGUAAGGACUGAUGAAGAAAGCUACGACAGUGACUCGGUACGCCAGUUGGAGACUGAGCUUAAGAUGGAAGAGUACCUGAAACAAAAGCUACAGGAUGAUUCCUACCAGGCAGCCUGUGAACCAAAAGAAGAGAGUUAUGUGAGAACAGAUGAUGAUGAUGAUGAUAGCUGCAUUCGGACUGAUGAUGAAGAUGGUCUGACAACUAAUUUUGCAGAAGAAUGGAAUGAACAUAUGAACCGUCUAUUGAAACACUGACAAAUUUUACAACUAGUGUGAUGGUUGUAUCACAGUAGUAAUACUUCAACACUUUCGUCCCCUGCCCCUCUCAAGAGUCCUGAUUUUAGACAUGUAUUUUAGAAAAUAGUGGUUUACUCUUUUUUUUUUUGUUUUUGUUUUUUUUUCUAAACUAAUUCAUUAGGCCAAGUACAUCUUAUAUUACUAAAGGCUGGUGCAAACUGGUGUCAUCAGUACCACUGAAAACAACUAAUAACAGAAUGACAGAAAUGUACCAUUACUAUCUUUGCACAUAAUAUCAAAUGGAUUCAGUUUACAGUGAAGAAAAUAGUACGUUUUUGCAGCAGAUAAAAAGGUCAUAAAAUGCUGAAUGUUUUGUCACUUUUUUCUAAUAGUAAAAGAGUUUCUAUUCAUUGUAAAACAACAUCCAGCUAUGGGGGAAAUAAAAUGCAUUUCUGCAUCCAUCAAGAGCUGCUACGAAUGCAGUGCUAAUCCUGAAAUGAAGAACGUGAUUACUUCUGUUCUUCGUGUACUACUUGACAUAACUUAUGUACUAUACAUACUUUACAGUUUUUGGAUUACAGCACAUUCAGUGUCUCAGGAAUGUUUUAAAAACUAAAAAAGAAAGAAAAAAGAAAAUAUCAGCCAUAGAAAUUAAUGUAAAUAUCAUAUUUUUCCUGAAGUAGUCACAGCCAUUUACAAAGUGGCAGUGUUCUUACAGUUGAGAGUCUAUAGUUUUUAAAUCGGUAUAGAUCUUCUUAAAAAACUGUGAACUAAGUUUAAAAUAAUCACUACAGAAGCCGUUUAUAAACCACAGGUGCCAUACAAAUCUUCAAAUUGUCUGAAUUUAGUUAGUGUUUCCUUUCCAUUCUGUAUUCUUUGCUCCAUCAGUGUGGUUGUGUAUCUAAGCAUGUCUUCUAAGAAAUCGUUUCUUUAUUUACUUUUUCUUUCACUCUUCUUUCUUCAUUUUCUGGUGUGGCCUUCAGCUUAAAUGUUGUGAAUAUUAUUUAAAAGUGCGCUUGCAAAACUUUUUAAGUAUAUGUAUUGCCUUAGAUGGCCCCUUAGCAUUGUGCAUGCAUUUUGAGAAAGAAAAAAUUACAUUGUGAAAUGUUGUGUUUUCAGACAGAAGCAGGGAUUGUAAUGAGGAGUUAACAAAAAGAAAGGUUUGAAUAUGUGACUGACCUUUAAAAAGUAUGUAAUCCAGUUGAAGGUAAAUGUAUGUAGCAGGAAGACGCAGGGUACAAGUUAUCAAGGAAGAUCAUAUUUGUUUACAAAUUAUAAAAGCAAUUCAGUUUAUUUUUAUCAGAAGGGUUGAGAGGGUGGCCUAAUGGUUAAGGUGUUUGCCUUAUAAACACAAGGUACAGGGUUUGAAUCUCACAGGGGAUAAUUGGCUAGGCUUAAAAUGGCUCACAAGGGCAGUUAGCCUAGUACUAAUCUAUGAACCUAAGUCAUCGUUUGUGUGUAUGAAUUCAAGCAAAGAAGAAUAUAAUGAAAAAUAUCUUGAAAUCAGAUCAUUUGUGAUGCAAAUAAUUAUUGAGUAUGACCAUCAUUUCUAGUAUGACCAUCAUUUCUUGAUGUGUUAAAAACAUGUAUUAGCCUUUUCCCUUGAUGUUCAGUGUUUGUGGUAAAAGGUAAUCACUAGCUCUUACUAAAUGCACAGUUUCCUUUCUGACACAGUUUUUUUAUUUAGACCAUAUGUUAGAAACAACACUGCACUUUCUGAGUUGUAAAAUCAUUGAACAGAGAUGCCUGCUCAGGCUAACUACACCUUAGUUGAACCCUAGCAAAAGUGGCCAGUGAUGCCCUCAUUAAGCCAGGAGUGUCAAAUGCAAAUUAUGCAACACUCAAGAGUAUGGUGAAUAUCCAUGAUUUCAGUAUUCAAGGAUGUUGCAAAACAUCAGGAGGUGUAAAGGAAAAAUAGACUCCUGAAGAAAAAUCAAAAUAAGAAGCCAGUCAGCUACAAAUAAAAUAACACAGGUACCUGUGGUGAUGCAAAGGUGCUCUUUGUUUAAUUGUUGUGCAAUAGAAUAAUAUCAAGGAAGCUCACUGUUAAAAGAUAAUGCUAUAACUGAAUUUCUAUAGCCUGAAAUGCAUGUACAUUUGCAUAAUGGAUUUUUGCUGCAGGAGCGUUAUUAAUGCUGAAAGGAAAACAAAAAUCUAGAAACAAGAAAGUAACACGGUAAAGGCAUGUUGUAGUUUUAUGAAGGUAAGACACAUCAAGAAUGUGAACGAAAGUUGACUUGUUUUAAAGGAAGUCCCUGCUUAUAAACUGUAGCAGUGUGAUCUGCACAAGUCUGUGGCCUUGUUGUGAAGCAAAUUCUGUAUUUUCUUAAACUGCAUGCAAGAAAAAUGUCAUGUCCUUACUUAACAAGAACACUUUUUUUAAUUUAAUUUAUUUUAGCCACCCACUUAUAUUAUUAGUUUCUGCUUGUAGAUAAAUAUUGUAAAUAGUGCAGAGCUCCAGGUUCCUAAACUCAAAUUAGUUCAUAUUUAAUUUUGUCGGCUGAGAGCAAGCAGCCUACACUGUCUGAACAGACAAAAAAGGGCCUUUUACUCCUUUUUUAACCAAAAAUGUAUAAAUAUUCACUUCUGUUACUAUUAUCUGUUAAAGAAUUACAAUUAUACUACUGUAUGGGGCACCACCAGAGACAAUACAAAUGGCAGGGGCACUAUAAUUUCAUAUAGUUUACUGGUGUUGUAACAAGACUACUGAUUUUUUUUAUUACUGUUAAGUAUUGUUCUGUGUAUGUUAAUACCAACUGGGACAUGUCAUAUUUUGAAGUGAAUAAAAUGUUAAGUUGUGUGUCUGUAUUUUGGAAUGGAAUUAUUUCUUCAUUAAAGAGUAGAUUUUUAAAAAUAAAAUCAUGGCUUUUUGAGUCAUAGUUUUGUGCUC